AAGCCCUGCAACAUUUAGUGUGAAGCUUUGACUUAUCCGCUCCUUCUGACAUGGAACUCUGUGAUCCAGGAAGAAGACCAAGAUCAGGAUGCUGUAGGUGGACAGAAGACUAUUAAUCAUACAUUUCUUUCUUUUUCGCAAAUUACUGCUUUGUCAGAACAAAAUGUAGAAGGACUUCAAAAGCAAACAUAUGGCCUUAGAAGAUAACAUAAAGGAACUUGGAAGAGCAAUGGCUGGAAUAGGAGAAACUGAUUCAGAUAGAAGUGGUAACUUGGAUAUCUUCAGCAUUGACCAAGCCAAAGCAAUAAUUGAUUACAUGAGUAUCAGCUUAUUUCGACUCUAUAAAUUGUAUGAAUAUAUCUUCCACAGUCCUAGAGAGGAACAUGUGAUAAGUAAUGAGUAUAUAGUUGAACUUGCCCCACCUGCAGUUACCCCCUUCCCUGCUCCAUCUGAGGAAGGUACAUCUGAUAUCUAUGCAUCACUCUCAGCAUCACCAAUAGCUGCAGAUAUAGAACCUAAGGGGUCUGAUCAAGAAGGUCUCCUGGGAGAGCCCAGCCCAGAGGCAGAGUCCUUUGAGGCAGGUGCUGUGGCUGUUUUCACUGGUGAAGAUCAGAAGCUCACAGUCCUUCCGAAUCCCAAAUGAAACUAUUGGCAACCUUGAGGCAGACUUAAAUGAAAAGCAGCAAAUGCAAGAAGCUUAAACUUUGAGGACAGAAAAAUUAAAAGAUCUUAACUAGCCAAAUGAGAAAGAUGAUGCUGUAUUUUUCAGAAACUGAGGUUUGGUAGGUGAUGCGCCAAACGUCAUUAUAUUGGUGUACAGGAAAAUGCUUCACUUAACUGUUAACUAGAAAUAGUUCAUUUCAGUUCCUCAAAUUUACUCUCUUCUGCCAGUGUUGUUGUUUAGCUUAGACUUAAGUGGGAGGCUGUAAACAGAAGGAUAUGUAAUUCAAGCAUGUUGAAGUUCAGUUUAUUUCUGAAGGGAA